AGGGAAACAGAGUGUAGAGUACUUGAUGAAUCCGAGCAUAUCUGCGGUGGUUAGUGGGCUUUCUGUCACGUUAUCAAUUAAUACACAAUAUCAAUACAUACGUGUGAUCAGCCUGAGAGCAUCUUAUGCGCAUGACUUUUUGAGUGCGGCAGUGUUUAUAUCAACUGAAGAUGCUGAUGAAUUUAUCAUUUGUCCAUGCCAAUACUAGGCGGAGCCACACAUUUAGGAGAAGUAGGGUCUCCAUCGCAUCCUGUUCGAACGUCCCCCGAACCGAUCCCGCAGUCCGCUCCACCAUCAAUCCCCGGACCCGCAUCACAACAACCGCCUGCGCAAUCCAGCCCUCGAGUCAGCUCCUCCGGGCGUCCGAUCAGGAGCACCGCGUUGCAUACUACAUCAUACGCGCAUACCGCAAAUGCGCUAUAUUCUCGGAGGGACGAUGGGGCAUAUGUCAGGUUGGCAUGCAUCGCAACACGAUUGGAGACGAGAUACUUCUCUAACAAUGGAAUAUGUCAAUCCCUGUCCAGACUGGCCUGUCCAGCCUGCCAACGAUGGCAAUUCGCAAACAUGCAAGGCUUUAUCAACCAUUGUCGACUGAAACAUGAGAUGGAGUUUCCGUCCCAUUCGGAGGCGGCGAGAGCUUGUGGCGCUGUUGUGGUAAGCUUUCCGGAAUCAUUUACUUUGACAUGAGAAGCGGCAGAGCAUUGAAUGUCAGUAUCAUA